AUGACUAGUCUCACUGCCAAGGACAAGGCCACAGUCAAAGCCUUCUGGGGCAAAGUGGGUUCAAAGGCAGAGGAAAUAGGCACAGAUGCUCUCGCCAGGUAAUUAACCGAAUGAUUCCACCUGCUGAAGCUGUAAAAAGUAUACAUAUACGAAAUCAACUAUUUUUUCUUUUUCACACAGGAUGCUGAUCGUGUACCCGCAGACCAAGACUUACUUUGCGCACUGGAAAGACCAGAGCCCCACCUCUCCCGACGCCAGAAAGCACGGCAUCACUGUGAUGUCUGGAGUUGCUGAUGCUGUGACCAAAAUCGAUGACUUGAAGGGAGGUCUGCUGACCCUCAGUGAGCUGCACGCCUGGACCCUGCGUAUUGACCCUGCCAACUUUAAGGUGCGGAUACAAACUCGCUUUUGCGCUUAAAUGUUUGGAUUCAGAAAUGUACGCAAACCCAUAAACUUAAAUCUGCGCCAUUGCCGUCUUUUGCAGAUUAUCUCCCACUGCAUCCUAGUGGUCAUGGCGAUUAUGUUCCCCAACGACUUCACCCCAGAGGUCCAUGUGGCUAUGGACAAGUUCCUGGCCGCUCUGGCUCUGGCUUUGGCUGAGAAGUACCGAUAAAAAGCAGCAGGAGAAGAUGAAGAAGACGGCGAGUGCAAAAUACUCCGCAAAGUAAAAAAAUAAAUAAGUGCAAAAGCCUGAAAAUAUUUGUUUGUGUAUGUGUGGAUUUAAUUCUAAUAGUGGACUAAAAAAGUUUUUAAAAAAAGGAAAAACUAAAUUAAUAAAAUAACCUUAGCAUCUCCUCUCUAAUCAUAUAGGGGAGACUGGGGCUUGUUGUCACACUUUUUACACUCUAACAUAUUUCUUGAAACUAAUACACCAUACAUAAAUAAAAUGUGUACCACAUGAAAGACCAAACUCGUACUCAUGUCAUUUUCACAUCAUGUUUCAGUUCAGAGUUAUAAGCAAUCAAAUAGAGAGUGUGAACAUGUGACAUGUUGCCCCAUCAUCGGGCAAGUUGUCUCACUACAUGGGGUAAGAUCUCACAGUUGAUUUUACAGCUAAUGAAACAAGGACAAAAUGAUUGUUGUUCUAAUUUUUUUACUUGAAGUGAACAUCAAAGUCAGGCACAGAAAAUGUUAAUCACUGAGCUACAAAAAGUCAUUGAACAAACAUUAACAAAAUAUUAUGCAACAUGCUCUGGAGUUUGGAGAGCUGUCUGACUCUGUAUUUCAGCUGGGGUGAAUGUUUUACAGUACCGAGCUAAGGUAUGGUAGUUAACAUUAAAGUCCUUUACUGUACUCCAGAUUGAUUUAUUAGCGAGGGUCACCUGCCUGACUGCCCUCAGCAUCACGUCAUGUACUGCACUGCCAUGUUCUGUUUUUCUUUUGUAAUUCCUGACCAUGUCUUCUCACUUUCUCCUCCCUUUUAAACCACUCUUUUUCUGCUAAAGUAAAGUCAAAAUUUCAAUAUGACAACUGCUGAUAAGACCAAACUCGUACUCAUGUCAUUUUCAUAUCGUGUUUGAGAGUGUGAACAUGUGACAUAUUGCCCCAUCAUCGGGUAAGUUAUCUCACUACAUGGGGUAAGAUGUCUAGCUUAAAGUUAGCUUAAAACAGAGCAAUGACUGAGGUAUGACAGGAUGCCUUAAUCUCUCCUCUAACAAGUCCACAUGUUUCACUGCUAGGAUUUUUAUCUGGAAGAAGCUUAUUUUAAAAUAUGUCAAGUUAUUUUGUUUUACUUUGGGUUUUGCAAAAUAGUCAACUGGCGCUCAUCUCGGCUCACAAUGUGCCCGUCUCUUCUCAAACAGGACACGACCCCUGACCAUGUCAAGGAAGAAAACUAGUAUUCUUUGUAAGAAAACGAGUACACUUUGUAGUUGUGCCCUCUGGUAAUUGCAAUGUGACAACUUGCUCAUGUGAGAACAAGCCCUGGUCUCCCCUACACUCAUCGGCCCCUCAGCAGCAACCUUUUCCCUACAUUAGCGCACCAAUAGGUACACUUUCACCUGUUUCGCCCUUGCUUGGCCAGUCAAAUGUUUUAUUUGUUGUUGUUGUUUAUUUAUUUAUUUAAUCAUUUUUCUGUGAAAGUAAAGUCAGAAAUUUCAAACUGGUUCAACUGCUGAUACAGCUCACUCUUUAUGUUUUUUCAAUCCUUCAAACAUUGAAUCAGUUUUGACAAUGGAAAACCCCAAAAUGACUGGGACAUGUUGCCCCAAACUUCCAUGUUUGCUAAUUCUAGCUCUAGCUUAAAGUUAGCUUAAAACAGAACAAUGACUGAGGUAUGACAGGAUGCCUUAAUCUCUCCUCUAAUAUAUAUUUACAGCAUCCACGGAGGGCCAAAAAACCCCAAUCCAUAAGAAGAUCUAAUCCUGUGAUAUUUAUCAUAACAAUUUUAAUUCAGUUCAGUUCAAUUCAGAUCAACUGAUCUGAUUUUACCGACCCCAACAUCCUCGUUAUUCCAAUGUUUUUGGAACCUCAAUAAUUCUCAGUAAUUUAGGUCAUCUGUAUUAAGUAACCGUUACUUAAUACAGAUGAUCUAAAUUACUGAGAGCUCAAGGUAAAGGAAAAAAUGAUAAGUGUGAGUAGAAACAAAAUAUGCACUAAAAGAAAUGAUUAUUUGUGAGGAAAAAAAAAUAUAUAUUUUAAUGAUAAAUACUUAUCUGUUCACAAAACUUUAUUUCUGAACUCAAAAUAUUAAAUGCUAUUUUAAAAAUUGAAAAAAUAAAAAAAAAGUUCAAAACAAGGCUAACACAUACACAAACACAUUCAUACAAUCAUCAUCCUCUCUUCAUCAGAGGGAGACUGAACUUUCUGGUCGUGCACUUUGAGCUGCCACCUAGUGGUGUUUGACAGGAAUGUCAGGACCUCGGACAGCACCUUCUUGGCCUCUGCAGGAACAACAGUGAUAAUUCUCCAAAGUUGUGGGUCACCUCUAUGGGAUUCCCUGUAUCACAUAAGACCUCAUUAGUAUGUUUAAAAGUUAGAGUGGCAUAUAGAAACUUAACAGCUCCAUGAGGUAAACAGGUGACUUUUUCCUCAUCUAAAUACCCCAUCCCUGGGAUGGUUCCAACAUGUCACAGAUCCAUUUAAUUUCCUUUUUCCUUUUUUUUGUCUCAAUGUGCAUAUUAGUCUGAGAAUAGGGAUUAUAUAUGAUAUUAAAAUGAUAAUUUAAUAUACAAAAUUAUUAUUUAUUCAUUAAUCUAAUGUCCAAUAUUGAGUUUUGUUUCUUUCUGAAAAAAACAUAGGCCUACUUUGAGUCAAUGUGCAGAUGUUACAGAUUUCAAUGUUAGUAAGUGGACUGUGGAUUUUACCAAGGUACGAAUGCAAAUCUUGAUGCAAAUCAUGCAACACUUGCUCGGGGACAUUUGCAACAAGUGUUGCAACUGUCCCAAAGUGGUCAGCCAUGACAGAACACCAUGUGCUAACUAAAAACAGUUUUUAACAAAUGCUAACCAUGUGACUUAAAAAUAAACUAAACAACAAUUUAAACUAAGUUGAUUUAUUCAUGCAUACAGUCGGGACCAUAGACUGUAUAUACUACGGACAACUUGGUUCUGCCUUCCGCCAGUACAUGGAUUUGAAACCAAAAAGCUCUCUGUAAUUCCACGUUUUUUCUCCAUUUCCUGAAACCAACAUUGCACAGUGGCAUUGUACGCACUCCACCGCUUGCACAAUAGCAUUUGGCGGGAGAGUCACCAAGGUGAUGACACUCGGCUCAAACAGCGUAUCCCCCGGGUGAGCUACGCAAUCUUUGUACGCUGAUAGGCUGUAUCAAGUGUCAAUCAUAGAAAACGUGAACCCCCUAAUAACUUUUAAAAAUGGAGCUGCACAUGUGUAUGUUCUGUGUAAUAAAUUUCUAAAGUUCGUCCACAGCCCCAUAAAGAUGGCUCGAGGAAGUGGGAUUUACGACCUAUACUGCAGCCCGUCACCAGAGGGUGCUGUUCUCAGAGUGGCUUCAGCCAGUGAGCAGGCAGACGGCGUCCAUUCUACAUAUAGUCUAUGGUCAGGACAGUAUGACGAAAAUAAACCACAUGAAAAAAAAAUACUUUCAUACAUAAAAAAAAAAUGUUUUUUUUCUCCAAUAAAUCCAGAAGAUGAUGCUAAAUGUCUUCUCUCUUGCUGGUGGUGGUGGUGGUGGGGUCCAACUGAGCAUCUGCUGUAGACUAUCAGUGUCAUCAACCUAGCAUGUUUUUGAUUGGAGGAAUACGCCUUGUCGCAACCGUCCCCAGUCUCCCCUACCGUAUAAAAAUCACGGCAUGUUCGCUGGUCACAUUGAAAUAUACAACUAAGAUUUGCUUAAUCUGCACAAAUGCAUGAUGUGAACCCAUGCAGUGAAGUUUGAUUGGUACACGCUGGCCAAAUUUGAAUCGUCGCCAUGGGACUGGAAGGAUUUGCGCAUUGAGUGCUGAUUGAAAGCUAUAAAAAUUCUGAGAUACUAUUUAUGAUCUCGUCUGAACUAUUUACAGAGUUUGGAGCGCGGAAUCUAUGAAACCCUUCCUUGUCGGUGUAUUUUCUUGAUUCACGAUCUCGCUAACUUCUAACGAGAAGAAAAAAUACUAAGAGACAUUUCUGUACGCUUUAAAGCCUACUUUGUUGAAUUGCCUUUAUUUUUACCUGAGAAUGGCUGGGGAUCAGUUAGACCUGCACAGUGACCCACAGCUCCAGCUUCGUCUUCUUUGACUCUCUCCAUUCAGUUUCAGACCAAGUCUACUGGCUAUCACUUCACGCCCCUUGUCCUUACAGUGACCCUAGAGUGAAUUGGAGGCGGCGGUCUUAUGGGACCCCAGUGUUGAUAACGCGAGUGGAUCAUCACAAAUGCCCCGGGGUGAUAGGUGUCUAAAAUUAAUCCACAAAACUGAAAAAAUAAAUAAAUAAUAAUGUCCAGUGAAGGCACGAGGCAGCCGCGUAAUCCAGUCGAUAAAACAUCCUACAAGAAACGAGAUGAGCGAAGUUACCCUACAUGCACCCACAUGGAGUUUAUAGGCCUACCUGUCACAUGCCUUUAAACUUUAUCUGUGGUCCCCUUUGGGUGGACCCUCCGCUUCAAGUCAGCAUCGCCCAUGAGAUAAGCCAAUUUACUGGGUACUCAUUUCACCCCAUGUGACAUCGAAAUGUUACAGAUAGCCAAACCAUUUCAUAUUAAUCAAAUACAGAGUCUUGUUCGGUGGGCCUGGAUGCUCAUUAUGACAUAACGCUUUCUAAAUGUAUUUAAAUGUCUUUUUUAUCAAUAAAACAUAGGCAAAUAAUGGGAGAAUAUUCCCGAGGAUGAGGCCCCCUUUCAAGAGUUUAUGGCCUGUUUUGUGAUGCGCAGUAACCAUGAAACGUGUUUCCUUUUUUGGUCUGUCAUUUUAGUCAUGUGAAUAAUCAUAUUUAUCAGGGUGGGAGGGUUUUAAUCUGCUCAAAAUCAUUAAGAUUGGACACAUGAAAAGCGACAUUUUAACAAUGUUUGACUGGUUGUAAAGUUUAAAUUAAAUUCAUGUUCCUACAUAUAGCCUACCAGAUCCUUUUAUGUUAUUUGCUAUAAAUUCAGAAAGCUUCUCGAGUUCUUUAGGGGUCUGGCACAUUUUAAAUUUCAGACUAUCCACUUUUGGAUUGUAUUGUAGGCAACUCAGAACCAUCUUGGAUGUCUUUCUGGGGUUAUCUCAUUCAAGCAGCAAGAUUUGGAACCAUCCCAGAUGCCACGCAGCCUAUCUCGGAGGUGUGCCCAUGCCCAUGCCCUGUUUGAUGUAUAAAAGCACCCACACUCAGAGCUCUUAACGGCAUUUACCUUCAAGCACAACAUUCAACAAGAUGACUUCUCUCACUGGCAGGGACAAAGAAACAGUCGUGGCCUUCUGGGCUAAAAUAUCUGGCAGCGCGGAGACCAUCGGAUCUGAUGCUCUGGGCAGGUAAAUAUUACUGCAUACCGUCGCGUGUAGCCUGUUUUAAUCUGUCUUUUUUUAACUCGUGAACUAUCGAACAUUUCCUAUCCAGAAUGCUGGUGGUGUAUCCACAGACCAAGACCUACUUCUCCCACUGGAAGGACUUGAGCCCCGGCUCUGCUCCAGUCAGAAAGCACGGUAUGACUGUGAUGGGUGGAAUUGCCUCUGCUGUGAAGAAUAUAGACAACAUAGCAGGAGGUCUGCUGUCCCUCAGCGAGCUGCACGCCUUUACUCUGCGUGUGGACCCUGCCAACUUCAAGGUAAAUAUCAGGGGUGAUAAUUUACACAUUUCCCGUGCUGUUCUCGUAUAGGUUGUAUGGUUAAAAGAAGAACAAAUAUUUUCCUCGGUGGUUGAUAUGGUUUAACUAUAUUCCUGUCGCCCCCCCUUUUUUUUCAUCAGAUCCUUGCCCACUGCAUCCUUGUGGUCUUGGCCAUCAUGUUCCCCAACGACUUCACCCCAGAGGUCCAUGUGUGUAUGGACAAGUUCCUGGCUUGCCUGGCUCGCGCUCUGUCUGAGAAGUACCGAUAA